AACCAUUGUGACACCAUCACCGGGAAGCAAAGGUCACAAUGGACAGCGCGGACACGGUCCCAGGGACAGCAGGAGCACAGGGAGUCUGAAGGCCCCGGCCUGCCCCUAAGCCCAACACUCCUAGCUCCCUCAGCACCCCGAGCACGUGCCUGGCGAGCAGAAAGGAGUCAAAGGCAGCCUUGUGCCCGGCGGCCGCAGACUCGGUCCGCGUCCCCGCCGCCCGCGAUGGCCGCGAGCGCCCUCCCGCCGUGCCCGGCGUCCCGGAUGGACUUUCUCAAGGCCUCGCACUUCGCGCUGGGGCCGGACCCGCGGCUGCACCGGGGCGCCCAGCUAUCCACAUCCCACCGGGACUUCCCCGCCCACGGCCCCGCCAGGCGGGGGCAGCAGAUCCCGCAGCCGCCGAGCGCGCGGCUCUUGCAACAGGACCAGCGCGGGACGGCCGAGGAGCGCGUGUCGGAGGCGCGCCGCGGCUGGCCCGAGGUGCGGGCGCGCGCCGGGGAGCGGGUCGGCGGCGCGCGCCUCAUCUUCGACCUCGACUCGGUGCCGCCCGGCGACAGGGACAAACUGCGCAUGCCCCUCACCACGUACCGCACGUUGUUUCCGCCCCACGACGCGUGCCCGCAGCCCCGCGCUCGCAGCUGCCAUCUGGAAGCCUCCAAUACCCUCAGUUGGGACUACAAGGAGCAGAAAGAGACCUCCUACAAGAGCCAGUUCCAGGCCCUGCCAGGCCUUCCUGCCUUGAUGUGUAAGAGGGCAGCCUCUUCCGUGCACCUGGGAGAUUCCAAAAUUGGCUACAGCUCAGUGUGCUCAGAGCUGAAACAGGCCCACACACCCCAAGGGCUCCCCCCAGACAGGUACGACAAAGCCCAGGCGGCAGCCCGCAUACACUGUGUGAGCGUUCUGCCCGGAGAUGGCCUCUUCCACGACAGGACCACGGUGACCCAGCACUUCUAUGCGCGGGAGCCAGAGCCUUUCCUCCUGCACCAUGAUCAGACUCCAAAAUCGCACAUCCUGGGAGGAAACAGCUGUCCCGGCCCCGGAAGCUUUGUGACCUCCACGCAGGAUUUCUACAGCCAGCCACCGCCUGUGACCGAGCCACCCAGCCGCAACGUGGCCCAUGAGAAAUUACAAGAUCACGUGACCAUGGGAGAGCCAAAGCUGCUUGGACACUUCUUCCGAACCACCACGCGCUCGGCCUACUGUGCCCCAGACAGGGGGCAACCACAGAAGGCACCCAACCUCCACUUGUUGCGGAGCGACCUGCGGCAGGGCGGGGGCGAACUGGAAUUUUCAACAACAAACCGGAGGAUGCUGAAGCCGCACGGAACAGCAAAAGCGCAGGUCACUGAGGAGCUGCUGCGAAGGUGCAAGUACAGCCACGUGGAGUUCCCGCUGGGGCGGCAGCGUUUCUUCUCCACCCACUACAAGGAAGCGUUUCCCUGCAAGUACCAGGGCCCCGCAGUACUGAGAAUAAGCAACGCCCAGGAGAGCUACGUGCCGCUGGGCACGCCUCGCCAGCGGGGCUGCCCGAGAGCGGUGGUAGACCCCCAGGCCCCGCAGCUCCCAAUGUACCCUUGCCCCAGCCAGCAAUAAAUGUCACUUGCCUUCA